AUCGGGACGGAUUGGCCACAGUGGAAGGGGGCGGGCUUUUUAGGAAGGAGAAUCUUGUGAUUGGGCGAACGUGCACAAACAGGAGUGAUGAAAAGGAAGAGGCGGCCCAAAUGCAACCUCGGAGCUUGGGAUUGAUCGGUUCUCUAAGGCUGGGCCUAAAAGUGACGCACAUCCGCGAUCGCCUUGAGUGAUCGAGGCUGUGACCAACUGGCGGCGGCAGAUAUAAGGAAGCAAAGAUGGCGGCACCGCCACCAGCGCAGGCGGCUCCGCAGGCUCCGCCACCAUCUACGGCCGGCGUCUCCGGCCCGGGCUCCGCAGGGGCCUCUGUUCCGGGGCCUCCGCAGUCUCAGGCGCCGCAAGGGCAACAGCCUCCCUCGGCACAGCUUGUAGCAGCCUCACAAAUUCAGGCUGCACAGAGCGGCCUCCUGCAGCAGCAGCAACAAGAUUUCGACCCUGUACAGCGUUACAAGCUUCUGAUUCCGCAGCUCAAAGAGAGCCUACAGAACCUGAUGAAGGUGGCCGCCCAGAACCUGGUGCAGAAUACCAACAUCGAUAACGGACAGAAGAGCAGCGAGGGCGGGCUGCAGCGCUUCGACAAGAGCCUGGAGGAGUUCUAUGCCCUCUGUGACCAGCUGGAGCUCUGCCUGCGCCUGGCCUACGAGUGUCUGUCCCAGAGCUACGACAGCGCCAAGCACUCCCCGACGCUGGUGCCCACGGCCACGAAGCCGGACGCGGUGCAGGCCGAGAGCCUGCCCUACCCGCAGUACCUGAGCAUGAUCAAAGCCCAGAUCGGCUGUGCCAAGGACAUCCACAACGCCUUGCUGGAGUGCUCCAACAAGGUCACGGGCAAGCUGCCAGCCCCGGGAGGCCUCUGACCCCGGGAGGCCUCUGACCCCGGGACACCCGCGGCGACCCAGGGGGGAGGGACGGGGAUUUCAAGGACGGGAUCGGAUUUUUUUUUUUUUUAUUAUUAUUAAAAGUUCCUGAGUUAA